AGUUCUCGCGAGGUUAGGACGAACCACACACGGAAGUCAACCGUCCUCACCGUUCGUCUCCACGGGCUCAUCUUGUGAAAACGCGUUUUAUCAGCGUUUCAACAGACCGAAAUGGGGAAAGCCGAUUUUCUCUCGCCCAAGGCGAUAAGUAACCGGAUAAAAUCCAAAGGUCUCCAGAAACUGCGGUGGUAUUGUCAAAUGUGUCAAAAACAAUGCCGAGAUGAGAAUGGCUUCAAGUGUCACUGCAUGUCCGAGUCCCACCAGAGGCAGCUUCUGCUGGCCUCGGAGAGCCCACACAAGUUUAUGGACUUCUUUUCCAACGAGUUCAAAAGUGGUUUUGUGGAGCUGCUGCGGCGGCGUUUUGGGACAAAGCGCGUUCACAACAAUAUCGUGUACAAUGAGUACAUCAGUGACCGCGAACACAUUCACAUGAACGCCACGCGCUGGGAGACGCUCACCGACUUCACCAAGUGGCUCGGACGACAAGGUCUUUGCAAGGUGGACGAGACGCCAAAAGGCUGGUACAUCCAGUACAUCGACCGCGACCCCGAGACCAUCCGGCGGCAGGAGGAGCUGGCGAGGAGGAAGAAGCACGAGCUGGACGACGAGGAGCGCAGCGCCAAGUUCAUUGAGGAGCAAGUCCGCAGAGGGCGCGGGGGCAAGGAGGAGGAAGAAGACCCAGUUUACACCGAGCUGAAGCGAGAGAGUGAAGAGGAAAAAGUUGCUUUCAAUUUGGGGGCUGGUGCAUCACUGGCUGGUCCUUCUACAUCGAGUUCCCUCCUGGCCACGAGUGCUCUUGCAAAGGCGUCGUCGACAAAGAGGAAAGAGCCGUCCUCCGCUUCCGACUCGCGGGACAAGAAGCGCAAGUCGGCCCUGGAGCAGAUCAUCGAGAUGGAGGAGAGGAAGAAACAGCAGCAGCAGCCGCUCAAGACCGACCAUUGGCUGCAGCCCAACAUCGUGGUCAAGGUGGUCACCAAGAGGCUGGGGGACAAGUACCACAGGAAGAAGGCUGUCGUCACGGAAAUGCGAGAUCCAUUCACGGCGGUGGUGAAGAUGAUCGACUCCGGGGACAAACUCAAGCUGGACCAGAACCACGUGGAGACGGUGAUACCUGCGCCGGGAAAACGUGUCAUGAUCGUCAACGGAAACUUCCGCGACACGGAGGCCGUGCUGGAGGGCAUCGACGAGAAGAACUUCUGCGCUUCGCUCACGCUCGAUUCCGGUCCACAGAAAGGAAAGCGAGUGGACGUCGCCUACGAGGACUUCUCCAAACUGGCUUGAACAUAUGGGGUGGAGGGGGGGGGGAAUUCCCCCCCUCCCUUCUCCUCCUUCUCUAAAGAUCUCUACUAUGUCAGAGUUCUUUACUCUCAAAUCUUGACAGACGUUUCUUCAUCUUGUAGCCACCGUUUUUUUUUUUUUUUUUUUUUUUUUAAUCACAAACAAGUCAAGGCGACAAAUUGUACAGAUGAUGUUUAGCUUUUCAACUCAAUUCAAUGUGGCAAAUGAUUGCACUCAUGAUUUCAACUCUAAAAUUAAGGAACUCGCAAACAGGACAUUCGUGGGGAAAAGUUGUGUUUUUGUUUUUU